CUAAUAAGAUACAGAUCGAAUAAGACCACACGGUGAGUGUUGCUCGUCUUCCCUCAGGUAGGCCUCCAUGAAAUGGCAUCCAUUGAUUCUCUCCACUUCCAUUCCCUCUGCAAUCUCCAGUCGUCGAUUGGAAGAUCCAAGCUCCAGAUUCCUUCAAGCUUGGUUGUGUUCAGACGCAGACACAAGAAUCUAAACUGGGUUAAAGUCCAAACCAACAAAAAGUUCGUGUGCAAAUCGAUUGGGGAUGAAUCCUCGACUCCAGAUGAAGAAACUCAGAACACUCAGAACGAUGAUAACGAGGAAGAUGAUGUUUCCACGGCUCAGAGUAACACGGCCAGUGACUCCGAGACUUCGAUUUCGAGAUUCAGGAGCAUGGUUACAACCAUUGCUCAUGAUUCAGGGGAUUCAAUUUCGAGACUUCGGAGUAUGGUUACCACUCUUCCUCCUGUCGUCUUCGUGAUGAACAAGUGCUCAGGGAACAGCGUUUGGAUCGGUAUCAGCAUUGUAGCUACUGUUCUGGUCGCUUCUUUACGAGCUUAUGCAAUAAGGAAGUCGAGAGAUAACCGUCCUGCUGGCUCUGUUUCUGAUCUUGUGAGACGUGGUCAGCUGAGAUCUGGUGAUAGAAGAGGCAUCUCAAAGGCUAUGAACUACGAAGACCCAUUCAACAACCCUUUUGUUAAAGUUGGUAAAGGAAGCUCAACGGUGGAGAUGUGCGGGAAAGUUUAUAAGUUAGCUCCAGUCACACUUACCGAGAAAGAACAAAGUAUUCAUCAGAAGAGAAGGUCAAGAGCUUACCAAUGGAAGAGACCAACUGUUUUCCUCAAGGAAGGAGACUCGGUGCCGCCUGAUGUUGAUCCUGAUACUGUUAGAUGGAUCCCUGCCAAUCAUCCGUUCGCAACCACGGUUAGCGAUAUCGAUCAAGACCUUGCUCAGAACAAUGUGUACCAGAAGCAAGGUGUUCCUUUCCGGAUCCGUGCUGAGCAUGAAGCUAUGCAGAAGAAGCUUGAAGCUUUACAAAAUGAGGAGAAGUUGAAUAAUCUGGGGAUUGAUAGUCAAAAUGCCAGAGAUUUUCAGAGGCCAUACAAGUUCUCAAGCAAGCUCGAAGAAGACGAUGAUGUCCAAGAGAAAAAUACUGGCGAUUCACCCACUGAGGAGACGCACAAGUCCUGAGAAUCAAUAAGCUUUGUAAAUAUAGCCUUGAGAGUCAUACUUGUGUUCCAAGAAACUGUGAGAUACUUUUUUUGUAUUGAACCUUCGAAAACCCUAAACCUAUCUUUUUUUA